GGCGCAAGAGGUCCGCUUGGUGGUGUUGGCAGCCCGGGACCCAUAGGCCCAAUAGGUCCUGAAGGACCUCAGGGUGACACUGGUCCUUCCGGUGUUCGCGGAGAAGCGGGACCAACUGGCCAACCAGGACCAAAGGGGCCUGUCGGGAAGCCUGGACCUCCUGGGGAGUCAGGCAAGGAGGGAGUUUCAGGACCACCGGGAGAGGAUGGACUCAUUGGUGAAAUUGGCUACCCCGGUCUACGUGGUGCCAUGGGCCUUCCUGGAGACCAGGGUGCUGAUGGCGAAGCUGGACCGAAAGGAGAACAAGGAAGACCUGGACCCCAAGGAGAAAGGGGUCCAAGUGGCUCACCAGGCGCAACAGGCCUCCCGGGAGAUGUCGGGGAUUCCGGUUCACCUGGAGAAAACGGAAGAGGUCUUGUUGAUUGUGUCUUUGACAUUUUUAAUUUAAUUCUCACGAACCAAAUAUAUACAAUGAAAUUCAUUCUUCUUUCAGAUGGAGAAAUUGGGCCCAUGGGAGAAGCUGGUCCACGAGGACCUAUUGGCCUUCCCGGUUUCCUCGGUCAAAUGGGAGUCCAAGGACCGGAUGGCACACGAGGUGAUCUGGGCGAAAUGGGUCCUCGUGGUAAAACUGGACUUAAUGGAGAGAUAGGACCUCCUGGUGACCGGGGUUCCCGUGGUUUAAAGGGUCCCCCUGGGGACAUUGGACCUCCUGGGUCACCGGGAUCCCCUGGUCGGGACGGUCCUCCAGCAGAGCCUGGUUUUCCUGGCCCGCCUGGAUCACCAGGGCCCCCUGGAAUGUCUAUUUACAGCGAUGAUCCCGAGGUCAACGAGGAAUUUAACCUCCUAGUACAGGAACGGGGAUUGGGCAUUCGUGAGGUCCCUGGUAUCACCUGCAAGCAUUUGGCUGAACUUAACAGCACAUUGUCCGAUGGCACUUACUGGAUAGAUCCAAAUGGUGGCAAAAUCGAGGAUGCAGUAGAAGUAUAUUGUCGAAUGACUACCGGUGAAACGUGCAUCGAGCCGAAAUCUGAAGAUGUUUUGCCAAUACAAUCAUUUGGUGUCAAAGCGAUGACGGAAAAUGGGUACACUUGGCUAGCAGAGACAGCUGAGUUGGAUCAAGUAUGA